AUGAGAUUGGUUAAUGGGGGAAAUGGUCUUGAUGGGAGGGGAAGGGGGAGGGGAAGGGGGAGGGGAAGGAGAGAAGGAGAGGGGGUGAAGUGUGAAUAUGUUAUGGCUUUAUGGGUAUGGAGUAUACUAGAUUACGAUUGCGAGGAAGAGGGGAAAGAAGAGAAAGAAGAAGAAUAUGAGAGAUUGUGCAUCACUGCUUGUCUUGGGGUGUUACAUGCCAGCAUAUAA